UACAACGCAUACACACAAAGAGCAUUUUAGCAAGCAUUUCUCUUUCUAGAGCAGUUAGCAUCUUGGCUUUUAUAUUUCUCUUACCUGUUUUCUGUUAAAUAACCCUAAAUUCCAAAUCAAUCCUUACUUUGCUGCCAAGUGUCACCAACCCAUUUCCUAGAAGGCUCCCUCCCUAAACAAACCUAAUCGAUCUUUACUCACUAAUCCUAAUCCUUCUUAGUUAGUAUUCAUGCCAAGAACCACACAAAAAUAUCCUCUGUUUCAUGCCAUUUUUCAGACACAUAAAAAACAUCUUUUCAAUCCCUUUUUCUGCAUACCCAAUUCUGUACAAUGCUCAAAAUCCUUAACAAACGGCUCCGCCGGUUCUGUUCCCGUCUCCGGUGGCCGAUUCGCCGGAAGUCCAAGUCCAAAAUUAUUAUAAGAAAAUUCGGGAAAUCAAAUCCCAAGCCUCAAAAUGACACCAAAAAUGAAUCUAUCACAAAUGGGUCUGCUACUGUGCAUCCAAACGGUCAAUUAGAUAGUUUGAAAACAGAGCAGCCUAUAAAGAUAGCAACUUUCAAUGCUGCUCUGUUUUCGAUGGCACCUGCAGUGCCUAAAUUACCGAAUUCUUCAAGUUUUGACUUUGACAAUGAAGAUUCCCAAAAGGGUGCCAGAUCAACAGAUUUUAGUUUCCGCACCAAAUCUGCAAAUGAUCGGCCGAAGAGUAUACUAAAGCCGUCUCCCCUGCAUCCAAAUUCCAUGAAUAGUAAUGAAAUUCUACCAAAGCAGCAAAAAUAUGCCAAAUCAAAAUUAAGGGUAUCGAUUAAUUUGCCAGAUAACGAGAUUUCAUUGUUGAGAAAUAGGCAAUUGGGGUUCGCAGAAGAAAAGGAAAAGGAGACAACUUCAGCAAGUAACUUAACUAGAAUUUUGAGAGGCAAAGCUCCUAUGAGGUCACAAAGUGCAAGAAGUAUAGGAAAUGAAGUAGAGAGUUAUAGAAGUACAAGAACAGUGCUUGAAGUCUUAAAAGAGUUGGAUGCUGAUAUAUUGGCUUUGCAAGAUGUGAAAGCAGAGGAGGAGAAAGCUAUGAAGCCUCUUUCGGAUUUAGCCUCUGCUUUAGGAAUGAAUUAUGUCUUUGCUGAAAGUUGGGCACCUGAGUAUGGAAAUGCUAUCUUGUCCAAAUGGCCAAUUAAGAAAUGGAGAGUGCAAAAGAUCUUUGACGAUACUGAUUUCAGGAAUGUUCUUAAGGCCACAAUUGAUGUGCCUGAGAAAGGAGAAUUGAAUUUCUAUUGCACCCAUCUUGAUCACCUUGAUGAAAAUUGGAGAAUGAAGCAAAUAAAUGCCAUAAUACAAUCUAAUGAUGGUCCUCAUAUUUUAGCUGGAGGUCUUAAUUCCCUUGAUGAAACUGAUUACUCUGCAGAGAGGUGGACUGAUAUUGUCAAGUACUAUGAGGAGAUGGGAAAGCCAACUCCAAAAGUAGAAGUGAUGAGAUUUUUGAAGAGUAAACAUUACAGUGAUGCUAAGGAAUUUGCAGGAGAAUGUGAAUCAGUGGUCAUGAUAGCUAAAGGCCAAAAUGUGCAAGGAACAUGCAAGUAUGGGACUAGGGUGGAUUACAUAUUGGCUUCAUCAAAUUCACCAUACAAGUUUGUUCCAGGCUCAUAUUCAGUGUUUUCUUCAAAAGGAACUUCUGAUCAUCACAUUGUCAAAGUUGAUAUGAUAAAAAUGAACGGUGGUGAUCAAGAAAAUGUCCUUACUAGAAAGAAACACCAACCUAAACAAAAAAUUAUAAAGAUAUCAAACUCUUCUCCAAUUAAAGGUAUAUGGAAAGCACACAGCCAUGAGAGGGUGUAGAUUUUUGAGUUUUUGACCCUUCUUUUAUGUUUUAAUGGCAAAUAAGUUUUAGUGUUUUAGGGUUUGGUUUGGUUUUUUUCAUGGGAUGGAUGGGAGAGAGGAAGCAGAUGAUUUUGGACCUGCUUUCUGAUAUAUAAAGGUAUAAGGCUAACUAGUUAAUUUUAAGGUUUUAGUAAUGUCGAUCGGUCUAAUCUCAAAAUUUCUUUUUACAGAUUCUAGCUUUCGAGUUUCAGCACUAAUAUAUCAAAACGGGGGUUAAGAGAUAAUUUAUUAAUUAUUUUAUUUCCUGAGUUGGUAUCAUAAUUGUACAGUGCUGAAUCUGCUAGUACUUAGUUGUACUCCAUAGGCAUAAUGGUAUUUUAAUGUCAUGCUUGAUUCUUUCCAGGCUGGGGUUAAGAAAUUUAA